AUGGCACACGAGAGCAUACCUCUAACGGCCCGAGAGGCCGCCUCUGGCAUUCUAGGAUCUGUCUCCAUGACUUGCUGGAUCUUCCUUCUGGUCCCCCAACUCAUCGAGAACUACCGCAAUGGAAACGCCGAAGCCAUUUCCCUCCUCUUCGUCUUCGUCUGGUUUGUAGGCGACGUCGCGAACUUGGCAGGUAGCCUCAUGGCCGGGCUCGUCCCCGUCAUUGUCGCGAUCGCCAUAUACUUUUGCAUCGCCGAUGGCGUGUUGAUCUCGCAAUGUCUAUACUACAAAGCGCGCGCGCGUGAGCCCGCCCACCGUCGGCGCUCAUCUACCGAGACACCGGACCCAACGACACCACUGUUGGGUCGGCGCUUCAGUGACUCCUUGCCUGGAUCGCGCCGCCGGUCGUCGGCCUCACAGCGCGCAUACCAGACUCGACGCGACAGCGAGGUCGAGGACCCGCUCGCUAAGAUUGUCGAGGAAAACGAUUUUGGCCGUAAGGCGUGGCUGAAGAACUUUGUCAGCAUUGCUGGCAUCUUUCUUGUGGGAACCAUGGGUUGGACCAUGGCGUGGCAGACGGGGAUGUGGGAGCCUGCUCCGCUUGAGAACAAUGACCCCUCGGAUGAGGCUACCGGGGGUUUGGUGCUGGGCUACUUCAGCGCUUUGUGCUAUCUAGGAGCCAGACUGCCCCAGAUCUACAAAAAUUACAGCGAGAAGUCUUGCGAAGGAUUGUCGCUUUUGUUCUUCAUCCUUUCUCUUUUGGGCAAUGUGACCUACGGCGCAGGCAUUCUUUGCCACUCCACAGAGAAGGAUUACUUCCUCACCAACCUCCCAUGGCUAAUUGGCUCCCUGGGAACUAUGUUCGAAGAUGUGAUCAUCUUCGCCCAAUUCCGAAUCUACGCUGCCCAGGAGCCUCACCCUUCAGCAGUUCUCUAA